GUAAGAUCUAGUCUGGAUUUCGCUUGCUAUAGAACUGCUCGGGAAAGUAGUGAAAAUAUUGUCGGAGUGGUUGAGGUGGAAGUGUUCCAAGUUUUACAGUAUUUUAGUAAAAAUUCAGGCACCAGGGGUGAACUAAAGUGACGACAGAAAACAAAAUAUGCUCCAGCAAUUAGGUACAUUCCUAAUCCUGCUGGUUGCUGCAGCCCACUUCAUUAGCAGCACUGAAGUUCCAGCAGAUCGAGUGGAUCCAGAAACAGAGCCUACCGAACAACAACCACGAAAUAGAACAUGUAACGGUAUUUGUGUGAUAUAUUUCCAAUGCCAUGAGAACAAGAUCGUACCGCCCAUGUUGGGCAAAAGGUUCGUCCCGGACGACAGCGAACCCGAAUGCCCGUACCGUAAGUACGUUUCCUGCGAAAAACGCUCCGCGCUGGAGGGACCACGGACGACCACUGGCAAGCCUACGAGUGAUGCAAAGUGUGGGUUCCGCAGCAGGAAACGCACAUUCCCGUGGAUGGUGAUCGUUUACCGCGAGGAGCUGGACGAUCCUACAAACCAGCUGUUCUACAAGUGUGGCGCUUCGUUGAUCGCACCGAACGUUGCCCUCACGGUGGCCCAUUGCGUGCUGGACCAACCGAAGGAGCGGCUCGUGAUACGCGCCGGCGAAUGGCGCCUAGAAACGGAACAUCAGAACCGCCGGGUGGCCCAGCUCAUCACACGCAAAGCGUCGAACGUGCACUCACUGGCGAACGAUGUCGCCCUGAUCGUUCUCUCCGAACCGUUCCAGCUGACGGAAACCAUACAACCGAUCUGUCUCCCACCGAAGGGAACGUCCUUCGAUCGAAGCGAUUGCUUCACGGUCGGCUGGGACAGAAUAAUCGUCUGCGAUGGAUACGCGAUGCUGGUGAAGCGAACAUGGGGAGAGCAAGCCGUUGUGCCGCAUGACGUUUGCCCGCACGUACUGCCUCCGAUGCGACCUGUACAGCCGUUCCUGUGCGCGGGCGGCGUUAUCACGCAGGACAUGUGCCCACGUAACUCGACCGGCUUUCCGCUAGUGUGUCCCAUUCCGGGCUCGCCACACCACUACUAUCAGGCAGGUAUUGUCGCGAUGCCCAACGGGUGUGAUGACAAUGGCGCUCCGGGCAUAUUCGUCCAGGUGGCGCACUACCGUGACUGGAUCAACCAGCAGCUGGUGCAGCGCAAAAUCCCCGCACGGGACUACAUCUACGAAAUUGCGAAUACCAAGCUGUCAAAACCGAGCUAAUCGUUCAUGAGUGGGUAGUGGGCAGGUUGCAAUGCACAAAACAAUAAACAAAACAACGCACAAGAA